UGGGUCGCGUCCCGGUCCCGGUGUCCGUCCCCGCACCAUGCGGGCUCCCGGCGCGAUGCGGACGCGCGCGCAGUCCCAGAAAUCUUGGGUCGAAGGAGUGUUCAACAAGAGAGAAUGUAACAAGAUCAUACCCAGUUCAAAAGACCCUCACAGGUGUGCUCCAGGCUGCCAGGUCUGCCAGACUUUAAUCAGGUGCUACUGUGGCCGAUUGGUUCAAGACCAUCAUGGGAUAGAUUAUUCCUGGACCCUCUCAGCUGCCAAAGAUAAUGAAAAUGAGCAGUGGUGUGUUGAGAAGCACACAGUGAAAAGCCCUACCGAUACCUUCGGAACGAUUAAUUUCCAAGAUGGAGAGCACACCUACCACUCCAAGUACAUUCGCACUUCUUAUGACACCAGGUUGGAUCAUCUAUUACAUUUGAUGCUGCAAGAGUGGAAAAUGGAGUUACCCAAGCUGGUGAUCUCUGUCCAUGGAGGCAUCCAGAAUUUUAAGAUGCCCUCCAAGCUGAAAGAGGUCUUCAGCCAGGGUUUAGUCAAAGCUGCAGAGACGACGGGAGCAUGGAUACUCACGGAAGGCAUCAACACGGGAGUUUCCAAGCAUGUUGGGGAUGCUCUGAAAGCCCACUCCUCUAAGUCCUUGAGGAAAAUCUGGACCGUUGGAAUCCCUCCGUGGGGUGUCAUUGAGAACCAGAGAGAUCUUAUUGGAAAAGAUGUGGUGUGCAUGUACCAGACUCUGGGCAACCCCGUCAGCAAGCUCACCACGCUCAACGGCAUGCACUCCCACUUCAUCCUGUCCGACGACGGCACUGUGGGCAGGUACGGGAAUGAGCUGAAGCUCAGGAGGAACCUGGAGAAGUACCUGGCCCUGCAGAAAAUACACAGCUGCUCAAGACAAGGCGUGCCUGUGGUGGGGCUGGUGGUGGAAGGAGGCCCCAACCUCGUGCUCUCGGUGUGGGAGAUGGUGAAGGAUCAGGAGCCUGUGGUCGUGUGUGAGGGCACGGGCAGAGCCGCCGACAUCCUGGCCUUCACCCACAAGCACUUGACAGAUGAGGGGAGGUUGCGGGUCCAGGUGAAAGAGGAGAUCAUCGCUAUGAUUCAGAAUGCUUUCAACUUUAGUCUCAAACAGUCCAAGCACCUUUUUCAAAUUCUCAUGGAGUGUAUGGUGCACAAAGAUUCUAUUACCAUAUUCGAUGCCGACUCUGAGGAACAGCAGGACCUUGACUUAGUAAUCCUGACAGCACUGCUGAAGGGCACAAACCUAUCAGCAUCGGAGCAACUAAAUCUAGCAAUGGCUUGGGACAGGGUGGACAUUGCGAAGAAGCAUAUCCUCAUUUGUGGACAACAUUGGAAGCCUGGCAUGCUGGAACAAGCAAUGUUAGAUGCGUUAGUGAUGGAUCGAGUGGAUUUCGUGAAGCUCUUAAUUGAGAACGGAGUGCAUCUUCAUCGCUUCCUUACCAUCCCCCGAUUGGAAGAGCUGUAUAACACAAAACAAGGGCCGACUAAUAUGCUCUUGCAUCAUCUUGUCCAAGACGUGAAACAGCACACCCUCAUUUCUGGCUACAAAAUAACACUGAUUGACAUUGGAUUGGUGGUAGAGUACCUCAUUGGUGGAGCCUACCGCAGCAGCUACACUAGGAAAACUUUCAGAAUCCUGUACAACAACCUUUAUAGAAAAAAUAAGAGCGUGACCAGCUUACCUCCGCGCUUCUCCCAUGGCUCCUUGCCCCUAAAGCGCUCCUCAGAAAGUAGAAGAGAGUCUGCAGAAAGCACCCCGCAUUCCCAGUUCUGCAGAACGGCCCAGCCCUACAAACUCAAGGAAAAGUCUGGAGUCCCUCAUAAAUCAAGGCACAAGUCAAAAGAAAAACAAGAUAUGCUGGAUGACUUCGAGUCCACCGGCUUUACUUACCCGUACAAUGACCUGCUGGUUUGGGCUGUGCUCAUGAAGAGGCAGAAGAUGGCUAUGUUCUUCUGGCAGCAUGGAGCAGAGGCCACGGUGAAGGCUGUAUUUGCCUGUAUCCUCUACCGAGCCAUGGCCCGCGAAGCUCAGGAGAGCAACAUGGUGGACGACACCUCAGAAGAGCUGAAAAACUACUCAAAGCAGUUUGGCCAGCUGGCCCUGGACGUGCUGGAGAAGGCAUUUAAGCAGAACGAGCCCAUGGCCAUGAAGCUCUUGACGUAUGAGCUCAAGAACUGGAGCAAUUUCACCUGCCUGAAGUUGGCGGCGUCUGGAGGGCUGCGCCCUUUCGUCUCGCACUCAUGCACCCAGAUGCUGCUGACAGACAUGUGGGUGGGACGUCUGAAGAUGAGGAAGCACUCCUGGUUAAAGAUCAUCAUAAGUAUUCUUUUACCACCCACCAUUUUAACAUUGGAAUUUAAAAGCAAAGCUGAGAUGUCACAUGUUCCCCAGUCCCAGGAUUUCCAGUUUAUGUGGUACUACAGCGACCAGAAUGCCAGCAGUACCAAAGAAAAUGCUUACACGAAAGACUGUGAUUUGGAAAGGGGCCCCGGCGAGAAACCGGAUGAAAGCCGGCACUUUGAUCUAAGGAAUGGGCCCCAAAGCCUUCCCUGGACCAGGAAAGUGUAUGAGUUCUACAGCGCCCCUAUUGUCAAGUUUUGGUUUUACACGAUGGCGUACCUGGCAUUCCUCAUGCUGUUCACUUACACAGUGUUGGUGGAGAUGCAGCCGCAGCCCAGCGUGCAAGAGUGGCUCGUGAUCACGUACAUCUUCUCCAGCGCCAUUGAGAAAGGCAGGGAGAUCUGUAUUUCAGAACCUGAGAACUUUACUCAGAAGGUGAAGGUGUGGAUGAGUGAGUACUGGAACCUAAUGGAGACUAUAGCCAUUGGUCUGUUUUCAGUUGGUUUUUGCCUCCGCUGGGGCGACCCUCCUUUUUACACAGUGGGGAGACUGAUCUACUGCAUAGACACCAUUUUCUGGUUCUCCCGGCUCAUGGACUUCUUCGCUGUGAAUCAACAUGCAGGUCCCUACGUCACUAUGAUUGCCAAGAUGACUGGAAAUGUGUUCUCUGGUCUUGGUAAUGCUGGUACUUCUCAGGUGGACCAUGUUGAAAAACCUAGCACACCUCAGGCCUUUUCACACGCAGUAUGUGAGGAGCAGCCCUCGUGCCCUCCGGGCUCCUUUCUCACCCCGUUCCUGCAGGCUGUCUACCUCUUCGUGCAGUACAUCAUCAUGGUGAACCUGCUGAUCGCUUUCUUCAACAAUGUGUACCUGGAGAUGCGGUCCAUUUCAAAUAAGCUGUGGAAGUACAACCGCUACCGCUACACCAUGACCUACCACGAGAAGCCCUGGCUGCCGCCGCCCUUCAUCGCGCUGUGCCACCUGGGCCUCCUCCUCCGCUGGCUGUGCUGUCGCCGUGGCCCGCGGGAUCGGGACGAGGGGGAUGUGGGCCUGAAACUCUACUUGAGUACAGAAGAUCUGAAAAAACUUCAUGAUUUUGAAGAGCAAUGCGUAGAAAAAUACUUCCAUGAGAAGACGGAACGUCUGCAUUGUAGUUUUGAGGAACGAGUCCGAGCAACAUCUGAAAGGGUUGCGGAAAUGUAUUUCCAACUGAAAGAAAUGAACGAAAAGGUGUCCUUUAUAAAGGAUUCCCUACUGUCUUUGGAUAGCCAGGUGGGACACCUGCAGGACCUCUCUGCCUUGACUGUGGAUACUCUUAAGGUUCUUUCUGCAGUUGACACCUUGCAAGAAGAUGAGGCUCUGCUGGCCAACCGGAAGCAUUCUGCUGGCAGAAAAAUCCCCCACAGCUGGAACAAUGUCAUUUGUACAGGAAUCUUGGGCAACACAGAGAUUGCUGGAGAGACAAAAUACCGAUAUUAUAGCAUGCCCCCUUCUUUGCUACGGAGCCUGGCUAGAAGCCAGUUUCCCUCAAGAGUGCAGAGAGGAGGCUGUCUUGAGAUUACGGACAGUCAGAAAGAAGCCUCCAGUGCAAGAGAUGACUUGGAGCAGCAAGAAAAAACAAAGAGUACAGUUGCUUCUGGGGUGUCCCCUAAUAGUCAUGCAAAUUCAAAGUAUGGCCAAUUUCUCCUGGUUCCUUCUGAUCUAAAACGAGUUCCUUCUUCUGAAGAAACUGCCUUACCUCUGUUCAAGCCAUCUGUGGACACAGAUGCAGAUGUCCUAGCAGGUGCACGGAUCCUGCAGAGCAGGGCCUCUGUUCAUCUGACCAGGGAGACCCCAACCGUGCCAGACCAGGCAUCAGGGGCUGAGCUCCAAAAGGAGCAGGAGCCAGUCACUGAGACGCCAGGCAAGGAAGGCAAAGUGGAGCAGGAUCAGUCCACUCUGGCAUGCACCCCAGCACCCACAGAAAUGGCUCCCCUUUCUUCCCAGGCAAGGAGCAUGCAGUCAGGAGAUGGAUAUGUGAACUUGGCAUUUUCUGAAGGUGAUGAAACUGGUGUGUUUAGCUUCAAAAACAAGUGGCAGAGCGACCUGCCUUCCUCUUGUAGCAGUGACUGCACUGAGAGUGGGCGGUGUCCCACAGACAUCCAAGGCAGCCUGUCUGAGAACUCAACAAGCUUGUCCCAAAGUAGUGACUGGUCAGAGGUGGGGCAGCCAUGGCUCCAGCCAAGCAGAUCCUUCUGGAUCAACCCUCUCCACAGAGACAGACCCUUCACCAGGAGUCAUAGUUUUAGAUUCCACAAGAAGGAGAAACUUACAAAGUUUGAUAAGAUUAAAGGUUGCUCGAGAUCCUCUGAGGUAGGAUCAUUAUGGAUCAAAGCAAGAAUGCUCUCGAAGGAUAGGAAAUUGUUGAUGAAAAAGAAGAAAGCACAAGAGCUACAGGUGCCAGUCAUAACAGUCAAUGCCUGCUGUCAGAAUGACCAAUUGAAUUCACAGCCAGGAGAAAGUAACGUCUCAGAAGACGAAUGCAGCAAAAAGUGGCUUACAGUGUCCAAGUUCAACCAGAUAAGUCUAGAACCUUAUAUAUACCAGAAGAUGAAAUCCCAAGAAGUUGAGCAGCAUGCCGUACAAGUCAGUGAUCACCUAACGUGGUCUCAAGAGGAUCUGAGGAACAGUGCCCUGCGGCAGUGCGGAAGCACCAGCGUUGCUAGGAACUCCCCGUUGAAAAGUUCAAAUGGAGUUGACAAGAUCUCAGCAUCUUUAAAAAGCCCUCCAGAGCCACACCACCAUUAUUCAGCCAUUGAAAGGAAUAACUUAAUGAGGCUUUCUCAGACCAUACCAUUUACACCCAUCCAGCUGUUCGCGGGAGAAGAAGUGACAAUCUACAGGCUGGAAGAGAGCUCCCCUCUGAACCUUGACAAAAGCAUGUCCUCCUGGUCCCAGCAUGGGAGGGCUGCGAUGAUCCAGGUGCUGUCCCAGGAGGAGAUCGAUGGGGGCCUCCGCAAAGCCAUGAAAGUCAUCAGCACUUGGUCUGAGGACGACGUUCUCAAGCCAGGACAGGUUUUCAUCGUGAAGUCCUUUCUCCCUGAGGUGGUACAGACUUGGCAUGACAUCUUCCAGGAGAGUACGGUGCUUCACCUAUGCCUCCGGGAGAUUCAGCAGCAAAGAGCUGCUCAGAAACUAAUCUAUACCUUCAACCAAGUGAAACCACAAACCAUUCCCUACACACCAAGGUUCCUGGAAGUCUUGUUAGUCUACUGCCAUUCAGCUAACCAGUGGCUGACCAUUGAGAAGUAUAUGACAGGGGAGUUCCGGAAGUACAACAACAACAAUGGAGAUGAAAUAGACCCCAGCAACACCCUGGAAGAACUGAUGUUGGCUUUCUCUCACUGGACCUAUGAGUACACGAGGGGAGAGCUGCUGGUUUUAGAUUUGCAAGGUGUUGGAGAAAAUCUGACAGAUCCAUCUGUUAUAAAACCUGAAGACAAACAAUCAAGAGGAAUGGUGUUUGGGCCAGCCAAUUUAGGGGAAGACGCAAUUAGAAACUUCAUUGCAAAACAUCGUUGCAACUCCUGCUGCCGGAAACUCAAACUCCCGGAUUUAAAAAGAAAUGACUAUUCUCCUGGAAGGAUAAAUUCCAACUUUAAACUCGAGAAGGACACAGAAUCAGCUGAGGGGAAUCUAACCAAUGGAAGUUCCCCAGAAGACCAAACACGACUCUGAGAAGGAGAGGAGUGUGAAGAUGAUGGCUUCCCCUCCCACUCUGGCAGGAACUCUGUGGUGAUACAGAUCGAUUGGCAUAGCCUGGAUGACGUCAGAGCCCCUGGAAGAGUGGUCUCACAAGGGGGCCUCUGUGGGCUCUGAGCCUCACCACUCACCCUGCCCAGAGACCUCCAUAGUCUGGGAGGUUCAGGUUCACCUAGAUACUGACCUCUGCACAUCCUCAGGGUCUACAAGAAGAUACUAGGUGACUCAGCUGGCGAGACUGUUCGUCUUUACCUCAUUGCUUUCUCCCCAGGUACUUGGAACCCUGGGAGCAGGAUCCUGUGCACUGAAGAACCAGGAGGAUGAAUUUAAUUUAUUUUCUUGCUGUGUGUGUUGACUUUAGCCCCUGUUGCUAGUCACCACUCACCCACAGACUGUACUUAUGUAUCUAUAUGUACAUUAAAAGGUUGUUUGAGUGCCUCUCCUUUCCUUUCUAGCAGUAUAAGGCUUUGAAAGCCAGCAACGGGAAAACCAUGAGAGGAGGGUGAUGUGCACAGAUAAGGGUCCACUGCUGAGUCAUAGAGUGGCCUUAGAAAGUGGCUUGGAGAAAUCUAGCCGGGAACGAGCAGUAUCCUGGGACGCAAGAAUUCCAGGUUGCUCUGAAUGAAAGAAAAAGGGGCAGCUAAACCUAAUGCUCUUAUAUUCUGUUCUAAAAUUUUAUUUUAACAUGAGAAUAAGGAGUAAAAACUGGAAGUUUUUAAGAAAGGGUUCCUUACCCUUAAGCUCAGGAAUAUCAGAGAGUCAACUCCAUCACUAUGUGGAGCCCCACUGUCUUUCCUAAAACUGGGCAUGUAACAUACAGGGUAAAUUACUCUGUGGUGAGUGGUGAGGUAGUGCGCCUGAAAGCAUGGUUCUCGGGUGCUUGUGUCCACCAAUUGUGGAGUUCCAGUCACUUCAGUCCACGCUGAAACUGUCAUUGGUUUCUGCGGCUCGAAGCAAAAGUCCCUGGAAGGCGACCUGCAUAGCACAUGUGUGGUGUGCCUGUCCCUGUUGCCUGCUGGGAGAGGUCACCUGACCCCAGAACAGGCAUGUGCUUUGCACACAAGUGGAAGGGAGGGACUGGGAGGGGGCCUUUUUUCCUCUCCUGCAUCUAUUUCCUUACUGCAAGCUUUCCCACAGUUUUCACCCAUCUUUUAACCUUAUAUCAGGUGACUUGCUUUGGAACUUGCUUUUAAAGUCUCAGUUUUUGCAAUCUGAUGUUGUACUUCAGGGAAUAAGUAUCAUGGGGUAGAAAACCAAAGGUUUUAUUGGCCAGUAAUCAUACCUGAUUUUUCUAGGUUUGCAUCAGUAGGAGGGUUCAUUUGGAUCCCUUCGCUUCGGUGUUGGUGGGAAGGAGGGACUGUGUUUCAUUUCUUCAUUGGUAAUGAGGAUAGAAAGUUAAUAGAGUUUUGGGGGAGGGUUUAAUCCUGUUCUGUAAAUCAAUAAGAAGUAUUUGGUGCUCACAUCGGUGCUGUAUUACAUGAUGGAAAUAGCAGAGUUUGCCUGUCCACGAACCAAACCAGAUCCAUCAAUUUAUUGAUCCAAUCCUUGUUACCUGCAGUGGAACUCAAA